AUGCUGACAAGUGAAAAACCAGCUAGUAUACCAUUUAAUAAAGUACAAGGUAUAGCAUCCAGUAAUGUUCAUGCCUACUCAAAUGGCGACGAUGAUUUCUUUUCUGUUGAACGUCAUUAUUUACAUGGAAUAUUUAUGGGUUUUAAAUGGCAAUGUGUUGAAUUCGCACGUCGAUGGCUAUUAAUGCGUAAAAGUUGCAUAUUUCCACCUGUACCACAUGCUGCUGAUAUGUGGAAGGAUUUAAAAUACGUCGAACGUGUUACUGAUGGUAAAAGAUUUCCAUUGAAAUUAUAUCCAAACGGUUCUCCGCAUAUGCCAAAACAUGAUUCCUUAUUAAUUUAUGCACGUAAUGCAGAAUUACCGUUUGGGCAUGUUGCUGUUAUUUGUGAUGUUGUACCCGGUUUUAUUCGGAUAGCUGAACAAAAUUAUAUAUAUCAUAGUUGGUCAGAUGAUUUUUCACGUGAAAUUUCUCUAGUCAUUAACGAUGAUUGCUACUUUAUUAAAGAUGAUGAUGAACUAUGUGGUUGGAUUGAAAUUGAUGAUAAUGAUGAAUUAGAACCAUUAGAUGAAAAUAAACUUCAUUUAAUAUUAGAUCAAUAUCGAGAAACUAAACCUCCAGGUACAUUAAAACGUUGUUCAGUAACAGAUAAAAGCUUUCAUUCGAUUAAUAAUUGGUUGAAUGAAGAAGAUCCAGCUGAAAAAUAUUUCAUUAAACUAUAUGGUCCCGAUUUAAUACGUGCUGACACCGAUACAUUACCAUAUUAUGAAGUCGAUCAAAAUCUAACGUUAUCUAUUGGAAGUACAUCAAAUGAAUUACAUCAAAUGUUUAUGGAUGCAACAAAUCAUGUCGUAAAAAAUGAUGAUGUAUUAAAACAGUUUUGCAUUCCAGAAGUUUUCUGGCCGAAAAUUCGAGAAUCAUGGGCACAUGAUAGAGAUUUAACAAUGACGGGGCGUUUUGAUUUUGCAUUCGAUGGUCAACAAUUGAAAACUUUCGAAUACAAUGCUGAUAGUGCAUCGGCAUUAUUUGAAAUGGCCAUUAUACAAGAAAAAUGGGCACAAGCUGUUAAACUUGAUCAUUCAUUUAUGUCCGGAUUUCAAUUACACCGUUUAUUAAUAAAAAGUUGGCAAAAAAUGUGUUCACACUUAAAUGUUAAAUAUGUUCAUUUAUUAAUUGAUAAUGAUCAAGACGAAAUUUUAACCGCACUCUAUAUGCAAUAUGUUUUAAAAGAAGCAAAUAUUGAAUCAAAGCUAUGUAUUUUAUUUGAUAAUUUAUAUUGGAAAGAUUCGAAAAUUAUUGACGAUGAAGGAAAUGACGUUAAAUUAAUAUGGAAAACAUGGAUGUGGGAAACUAUUUUUAGUGAUUAUCUUAAAGCUGAAAAAGAUGGAAAUUUAAAUAAAAAAAUCAAUGAUGAACAUCCACGUUUAUGUGAAGUUUUAUUAAAUGAUGAUAUUAAAGUUAUUGAACCAUUAUGGAAAGUAAUACCAAGCAAUAAGGCAAUAUUACCUGUACUGUGGUCAAUGUUUCCUGAUCAUCCUCAUCUCUUAACUAGCGAAUGGACAGUAACCGACGAAUUAAAAGGAGCUGGGUAUGUUAAAAAACCAAUUGUAGGUCGUUGUGGACAUAAUGUUACUUUAUAUGAUGUCCAUGGAGAUUCUGUUCUGGAUGAAACACAAGGCCAAUUCGUUGAUAGAGAUCUAAUUUAUCAGAAACUGUUUCAGUUACCGAAAUAUGAUGGUUAUUAUGCUAUAAUUGGUAGUUGGAUUAUACAUGGAUUAUUCGCCGGAUUUGGUAUACGAGAAGAUAAAAGACUAAUAACUGAUGCAGAAAGUCCUGUUACAGCUUGCUGUAUAGCAUGGAAAUAG